CAUGAUUUGAAUAUUAUUAGCGGUCCGCUGACCGGCCCUUUCCACAUGUCGAUGCAGACACCCGUCCAUCCCGGUAGCCGACCAGACCCAAUCCUCCUCGCCUGCUGGAAGACAGUCGUACUCGACGACACGACAAUCAAUGGAUCUACCUCCAUUCCGGCCGUCGCUAGACUUUGUCCCGCCUCCUCUGCCCGGUCACGCCACUACCACUUCUCUCGACCUUGGCACGACGUCCUUCGAGUUUGGCCUGGAAGCACCACUGCAACACUCGACUCCGCAUGAGAAAGCCAACUUGCGUCGGCGAGGGAGUCACAAGAGUAACCGAAGUCUGCCUGAAAUGACGCCAAAGACCGGCCUUCUAGAAGACGUCAAGCAGGCGCUCAAACACUAUGGCCGUUCGAUCGACACCCCGGCCAAGACCCCAAAGCAGGCCAAGCGGAACGUGAUCAAACGCAAAGCUUCCGGUGAAACAAAGAGUCCCUUGAAGGGCAUCUUGAAAUCCCGUCCGAGUCUCGAUUCGCUCGCGGUCGGUCUUGAUCUUCCUCCAAUUCCGACCCAGAUGCGCAAGGCUGCCGACAAGGAGACGAAAGCCGCCGGAAAGGCCAAGGCGAUUGCAGCUCAAACGACUGAGCCCGUCGCUUCGGUCGUGGUUUCGUCCCCGCCAGCACCCGUGAAUCACGUCAACCGGGUACCCGUACCGUAUACCGCGUUGGAGACAGUGGCUGAGCGCGAUGAAGUGUCCAACCGUUCUAUCGCGAGCCUAGAGGCACCUCAUUCAAUCGGACACGAUACGCAUCAACCAGAGGUCAUGAACCGGGAUAUCCUUGACGAGCGCGGGCUUCCUGUUGACGGCUUUGAGCUGUCCUUCGAACAUGACCCCGAACAACUCGAAGAGAUGGAAAUGGUCAUGACUCAGUUCGACAGCUUCGCCACCGAUGCGUACAUCUCGUCGACGAGCGAACCUUCUCUGUCCCGGUCCAACUCGUUCAAUCGACCUCAUUCCUUUGCUGGAAGCACGUCGGCGUCAAAGCUACAGCUUCCGAUUCCGCACAAGAACCGAGAAGCCGAGGGCAAGGUCUCGACUGAAACAUUCAUGACCAUGGAUUCUGUGGGCAUACCCGAUCCCAUCCAAGACUCGCCGUCUCCAGCUUUGGCCACACAGUCGUCGAGAGGCAGCUUGAUCCUGGUCUCCACUCGAUCAAGGGAGUCAUCCGCGGGCCCGGCUACCGCAUGCGAACCCCAGGCGAUAAGCUCUGAGACGAUCUCGUCCGGAGGCAAAAAAGCAGUCCGAUCGAGCGUGCAUGGUCAAAACAACGUUUCAACGUUCAAGCGCAACAGUGGCCAGAUCUCCGGUGUCGUUCCUCUUCGGUCCGGUCUCAAGCCUCUCAUCCUGGCGCCGGUAGCGAGGGGAGAGCGCGCGACGAUGUUAUCUGACGACAACUUGCUAUCGGCGCGAUCCGACAGACUAGGCGUCAAACAGGACCAACACGGUCGAGGGGAUUCUGCGUUCAAGUUUGAUGAUGCCGACGACGACGAUGCCAUCUUCACCCAUAGUCCGAGGAAGGCGGCGAGGAACCCCUUGCAGGAGAAAAAGAAUGUCACCCCGAACGUCGUGCAGCAGGAGGUCUCGCAAAAGCAACGCACAAAAGACGCCACCGUACCUAUUGCUCCGGCGGCAACCUUGCCACUGAAUGUCAUCAAUAACAACAACAAAUCCUCGCGAGGUCCACCUGCUUCUCCGAAAAAGACCAAUCGUCCCUCUAGUCGAGCGAGUUCCAGAGGUCCGGCUCAGGCGAGGUCGGUACGUAUGUCUAUCUAUGAAUCCGAGGAUAGGUUCCGAGACCUAUAGUCAGUCUCGGCACUACGACGUCGAGGCGUUUUUGCAGAAUCGAUGAUAGGCUUUUCCCCCUUCUCUUGAGAUAGGCGUAGAAUAGAUCGAAUGGAUCUGUUAAUUUUGCUCUGCUUGCUGCUCGUGCGUGUGUGCUUGAUUUGUUUACUUCAUGUUGUUGUUGUUAUUCUCAACGCCUGUAUCCAUGUACCUACGAUUGGG